UGAAUAUGGAAUAUUUCUUCAUUCGUGAAUAUGCCAAUAAUGGAGACUUGCGUGAUUACCUUGGCAAAAAUCCUCAGAUGUCCUGGAACGACAAAGUAAAAUUAGCGCGUCAAGUGGUUUCCGGUCUGAAAUUUCUCCAUGACAAGAAGAUCAUUCAUGUUGAAUUGCAUCCAAAAAAUAUAUUGAUGCAUAAUUCAACUCCAAAGUUGACAAAUAUAGGAAUCUCAAAACUUACAACUCCUAAUGGAUAUCCUUUUACUCAUUAUACACCUCCUGAAGUCUUAGCUCCUCAGAUAUCUAAUGGUGGUAUCCCACCAUUUAAUGAAAGUUUUGAUAUUGCGGUUGCACUCAAAGUAAUUGGUGGUUCUCGAGAAGUGCCAGUAAUCGGGACUCCUCUCAAAUAUAUUAAUAUAUAUGUAAAAUGUUGGGAUGAUAAUCCAGAUAAAAGGCCCAGUUGUCUUGAAAUUCUUCAGGAAAUGCGAGAAAUAGUUUAUGAAGAAUUGUACAGUAGAGAUCAGGUACAAGAGCAAAACUAUGUUCCUGUUCCUGAUUCUGAAAAUGGUCCUUUAAGUCCCGACUUUAAUUUCGUUAACGAUCUUGACGAAAUGGAAGCGGGUCACUUGUUAAACUUUGACCUUUUGGAACAAGAAGCUGAAAGAAAAAGGUUAUUCGUCAAGCGUUUCGGCUUAACCAAAGGUCGUAAUAGAGAUGGUUUUGAUUUUGCUCCAGGGAAAAAGCACAUCUUGUAUGACAAUGGAGGGUUCAAUUCCAAGAAAAUAGAGCAUUUUACACCAAUCAUUUAUCUUGCAAAAAUAAACAUUGAACCAUGGGGAUUUUUAAAUAGGUUUACUUUGUUUUCUCAUAAAGACAAAACGGUUCCAUAUGGUGCGGAUAUUAUAAGAAUUCAUAUUCCAAUCGGUGAGGUAGAAUAUGAUGGAUGUCUAAGUGAUGAAUUUAUUCAUGAAAUUAAAGAUGCUCUCAACCUUUCAAAUGUCGAUGAAAAAAGAUUAAAACUAGACGAAAUCUUUAAUGAAUAUGGAAAUUAUGUUAUUACAAAAUUUACUAUUGGUGGUGCAAUUAUGAUCAAUACUCAAGAUAUUAAUGAUGAAAGUUUAUUACGCUUCCAAGUAUAUCUUAAUUGGGGAAUUAGUUUCGCUAAAGGUGAAACGCAAGCUAUUUUUGAAAACGGAUCACUUGAAGGUUUUCCUCGUUUUGAAACUUUUCCUUCAAGAUCUAUGGAAAAUGUCUCAGACUUAUAUAGGUGGUUAAAAGAUUUGCACGAAUGCAAGGACGUUGAACUAAUAUUGUAUAAAGAAUAUAAACCAUUCUAUGAAUUAUUGGACAAUAAUUUAAAAGAAAAAAUCUUUGAAUGUUUUGCCUUAACUCCUGUGGAUGAACCACUCCCAAUUUUAAUUCCACAACUUCCUCCUGAAUUCAAGCAAAAAACUUUUUCAGAGUGGAUGUCAUUAUCAAAUCUUUCUCUAUUACCAUAUGUUAGAGAUUGGAUCGAAGAACUUUCAUUACGGUAUGGUGUGCUCCUACAGCACUCAAAAUUACAACAUGGAAAAACUGUUGCGUUUAAAUUUUUAAAAGAACCUGAAAUCACACCAAUAAAUAAACUCAUUAUUUUAUUGGCUCAACCAAAAAAUCAACAGGAAGCUUAUCUAUUGGACAACGGUAUUGACUUAAAAAUGGCAGAUGAAUUGAAUAUUAGUGAAACACCUUUCAUCGACUUUAAUUCAUCAUUAAAUUACCCUGCAAAGGAUCUUAAAAACUCUAAAAAAAAAUCUUCUAAAAGAGUUUUUUGUCAAAUUAUAUUUCAGGCCGCAAGGUUAUCUUUUGUUUUACCAUACGUAAAACCAUCAGAACCAUAUAUUGAAGCAGUAGACGAAGCCAUUGAAAGCUGCCAGCCGUAUAAAAAUCUUUCGGAAUUAUUUAAUAAUGAUUUCGGUCACCUAUUACCUAAAACUGUUGUUAUCGGUGGGAUUUUAAAACGAUCAUAUGAGUCAUAUAAGAUAAAUUCUAUUGAUAACAUUCUGAAAAUAGAAUUUGAUGAUAAUACAUCUCAGGAAGAAAUUGAGAAUCGUUUGGCAGAAUUGAGUAAAGAAUAUAAUAUCGAUACAUCAUUAUUCAUCAGUCACUGUGAGAAAGUUAUUGAUCAAAAUCAGAUUAAUGAUUGGUGGAAAUCUAUCAAAAAUGAUCCUGAAAAUUGGAAAAUUAUCUCUCUUGAAGAUUGGGUACCAUCGUACAAGGUCUUAGACCAAUCAUGUAACGAUGUGGAAAUUAUUUUAGAUGACAAAUAUCAUAUUGUUUUCGAGGGAGAAAUAUUUUUGACUCAGGACAAUCAAUUGA